AUGCACGGGGGCUCGACCAAGUUCUCCGAUCUUUAUGAGCUGCAGGAGGACAUAGGGGUCGGCUCCUACUCCAUUUGUAAACGCUGUGUACACCGAGUCUCUGCCAUGGACUAUGCUGUGAAGAUUAUAGACAAAAGUAAGAGGGACCCCUCUGAGGAGAUUGAAAUCCUGAUGCGAUACGGACAGCAUCCCAACAUCAUCACUCUGAAAGACGUAUAUGAUGAGGGCAGGUAUGUGUAUCUGGUGACGGAGCUGAUGAAGGGAGGGGAGCUGCUGGACAAGAUCCUCAGGCAGAAGUUUUUCUCCGAGAGAGAGGCCAGUGCUGUGCUCUACACCAUCACCAAGACUGUUGACUACCUCCACUGCCAAGGGGUGGUACACCGAGACCUGAAGCCCAGUAACAUCCUAUAUAUGGAUGACUCGGGAAAUCCUGACUCCAUCAGGAUCUGUGACUUUGGAUUCGCCAAGCAGCUUCGAGGAGGCAACGGCCUGCUCCUCACCCCCUGUUACACCGCUAACUUUGUGGCACCAGAGGUACUAAUGCGGCAAGGUUAUGAUGCAGCCUGUGAUAUAUGGAGUCUUGGAGUUCUACUGUAUACCAUGCUGGCAGGGUACACGCCGUUUGCUAAUGGGCCAAACGACACACCAGAGGAGAUUCUACUCCGGAUAGGAUCUGGAAAGUUCUCUUUGACGGGUGGCAACUGGGAUACCGUAUCAGACACCUCAAAGGACCUGCUGUCCCAUAUGCUCCACGUGGACCCUCACCAGCGAUACACAGCAGAGCAGGUUCUAAAGCAUUCCUGGAUCACCUGCAGAGAUACGCUACCGCACUUCCAGCUCACACGCCAUGAUGCACCACACCUCGUCAAGGGAGCCAUGGCUGCCACCUAUUCAGCACUGAGCCAGAAGACAAGUCAGACGGUGUUGGAGCCUGUGGCAGCGUCCAGUCUAGCCCAGAGACGCAGCAUGAAGAAACUCACCUCAACAGACAUGUAGUGACUCACACACCGCUUGCCCUCCUGUUUUGACCUCACUCUCAGUUGGACUCUAAUACGCAAACAUGCGCACAUACACACACACACGCACACACACACAGACUGAAGUCCUGGCCAGUCAGACCUACUGUCUCCCUUUUUAAUCUAUUUAUUUGAAACACCCAACAUAUGCACGCAAACAUGCACACCCACACUGGAGUAGGUUGCAUUGUGAAGAAGUCAGCUGAAGAGGAAGAGGGGAAACUCACAUAUCUGUUACUGCUGGGGAGACAGACUUGUAUUUAUUUCCACAGCUUUCAUAUGCACUUGCCCUCCUCGCCUUUCAUUCUCUCUUCCUCGCGUUGGGGAAGAAACGCACCAGCUGAUGUUCUCCUUCACUGUGAUUGGCUGAUUCAAAGCUGCUUCGGUAAACUGUGCCCCACCCCCCCACCCCCUCCACUGCUCUUCAUCUGCGCUCUGCCAUGCUCCUCCUCCUCAGUUCUCCCUCCUUUUCCCUCGUUUGCUUUUUGCUGUCUUAACUUCUUUUCUUCAAAGUGAAGUAAUGGUUUAUGUGUGAGAGUGUUGGCAGGAUGAUAUUGACUGAGGGACACUGCAAGACUGUUUCUCCCCUAAAAAAAAAAAAAAAAGAUAUGAUUCUGCUUGUGGCAGAUUAAAAGGUCCCUCAGGGUCAAUAUCAUCCGCCAGCACUUUUGUUACAUAAAUGCAUGUGUGGACAGAACCUGUGUUUCUUUUCCCCUGAAAUUCACAGUCUGACUCAUGUUGCUUUGUGAUGCUAACAAUGUAUCAAAAAUAAGCUGCAGAUGGACAAAAGAUAAUGUCUGGAGUUCAAAGGUGAAACAUUGUGGUAACGAUGAAAGAAAUUCUAGUUUGCAAAAAAUAUAUAAAUAUAUAUAAUGAAGAUGUUGAAGAUGAAGAGCAUGUGGGGGAGCUGUAGGGAUUUCUCUGGGGGGGACGGGACGCACCCCGUCGAACCAGAGAGGCUGAAUUUAAAAAAAAAAAAAGAAAAAAAAAAAAGAAUUUCCAUGGAUAUCUCUUCAAAAAGACAUUGUGGAAAUUGUAUGAUAUUGUAUUUAUUUCAUUUGAUUUUUAAGAUUCUAUUUUUCUUUCAAGUUCUGUAUAUAUUGACAUUAAAGAUCAUUAUUGACAUGC